AUGGAGCUGAACCAUGCCAAAGCUAAAAACGCAUCCCAGUGCAAUGGGCUGUCCUACAGGAAAACUUUUGCAACACUGAAAGUCUUCACCAAAGGAUUAGUAUGUCCAGCUGCCCAGCGCCAGAUCCAGAAUGGUCCAUCUCCAGAUGAGAUGGAAGCACAGAGAAGACAAGUGAUGGAGCAACAGCAACAACGCCAGGAAUCUCUGGAAAGAAGAACCUCUACCACAGUUUCCACCCUUCAAACAGGCAUAUGCUCUCCUCCCUCUCAUCCCCAGUCUCCUCCUCCUGCCUCUAGUAACUGCGAUGUUCCUGCCUCUGGUGUUGUGCUCCCCCCACUACCUCAAGCCAGCGCUGUCUCUUCAGCACCCGUUGUCCCUGAGCCCGCCGGUCAGUCCCCUUUCCUAUGCCAGCGGAGAGCCAGGGAGCCCUCGCAAUUCCUGCACAGGCACUCGGCCUCUGAGCUGCCAACAGCCCCAGGUUCCUCCCCUCCACCCUGCCCAAAUGGCAGGACUGUCAUGCCAGGCAUCAGGCAAACCUCGCUGUCUCCACCGCCCCUCCAUCCUUCCCAUUUUCCCUUUCCCUCUCACCAGCCUCUCAGGGGCUCUUCUCUUUCCUGUUCUCCUCAGUCUUCUUCUCCCUCUGCUACAAAUGCACCAUCUCUGCAGAGGGGUGACAUCCUGCAGCCACGUGGUCCCACCAUCCUGCCUGUGAUUCCUGUCCCACCUGACAGGGUCAAGGCACCCACAGAUAAAGCAGGGUGGGAGACCUCAGCAAAUGUACCCCUGAAUGACCAUCCUGAAGAACAAAUUGCUUUAGGCCCCCCUGGAACCCAUGUGAAAAGCGUGGAUGGGUCCUUCUUUCCACACCUAGGAGCUGCAGCCUGCUCCCCGCUGCCCACCAUCGCCAGCCCCCCCAGCUCCUCUGGCCAGGCUCCCUCCCCAUCCUCCCAAUUGUCAUCUUGUCCUGCGCAGCAGUGGUGUCAGCCCAUGUCACACUGUCUUCCAUUGCCUCCCCCUCACGCUGCUGUGUCUGAGGUGGCUUUGCCCAGGAGGACCCCUCCUUACUUGACAUCAUCAGCCACUGCCCACUUGAGUAAGUGCCCAACACUUCCACCUGGCCACCCCAGUGGUGCUGCUGUGAUCCCUGCUUCAUCUGGGGGGCCCCCACCUCCGCCACCCCCC